AUGUUGCGCUCGUCGCUCGUCCGCGCUCAGAGGAGCACGACGGCCACCGUCAUGCCGUCGACUGCCUCUCGCACCACCGCUCUGCCCAGACCCGCCCCCAUCGCCUGCCAGCUGCAGCACGUCCGCCAGGCGCAUGCCAUCUCCAACCCGACCCUGGCCAACAUCGAGAAGCGCUGGGAAGACAUGCCUCCCCAGGAGCAGGCCGACUUGUGGAUGGGACUGCGGGAUCGCAUGAAGACCGACUGGAAGGAAUUGACCAUGCAAGAGAAAAAGGCUGCUUACUUCAUCGCCUUUGGUCCCCAUGGACCCCGCCGACCCCCGCCCCCAGAUGAGGGCCGCAACGUCUUCUUCCUGUCCUCGGCUGUAAUCGCCGGUGCCUUUGCCAUCUUUGCCUUCACACGCAUGUUUGCCAGCCCCAUCAGGCCCCGAACCAUGACCAAGGAGUGGCAGGAGGCUACCGAGGAGUACCUCAAGGCCCAAGGAUCCGAGCCCAUUACCGGCUACAAGGGCAUGAUGGUCCAGAGCAAGUCUGAAAAGGACCUGCCCCCCAGGGAGAAGGUCAACGAUGAGUAG